UGGCGGGCCGCGGGUGUCGGCGGCCAGCGGCGCUUCCCGGUGCUGUAGUGCUGCCCCUCGCUGCUGCCGCCAGGAUGUUCGAGGCGCGGCUGGUGCAGGGCUCGGUGCUCAAGCGGGUGCUGGAGGCCCUCAAGGACCUCAUCACCGAGGCCUGCUGGGACCUGGGCUCGGGCGGCAUCAGCCUGCAGAGCAUGGACUCCUCGCACGUCUCCCUGGUGCAGCUCACGCUGCGCUCCGAAGGCUUCGACACCUACCGCUGCGACCGCAACAUCGCCAUGGGCGUCAACCUCUCCAGCAUGUCCAAAAUCCUGAAGUGCGCCGGGAACGAAGACAUCAUCACCCUCCGGGCCGAGGACAACGCGGACACGCUGGCGCUGGUGUUUGAAGCACCGAAUCAGGAAAAAGUUUCUGAUUAUGAGAUGAAGCUGAUGGAUCUCGACGUGGAGCAGCUCGGAAUCCCAGAGCAAGAGUACAGCUGCGUAGUGAAAAUGCCUUCCGCUGAAUUCGCACGCAUCUGCAGAGAUCUCAGCCACAUCGGUGACGCGGUUGUCAUCUCCUGUGCAAAAGACGGCGUGAAGUUUUCAGCUAACGGGGAGCUGGGAAACGGAAACAUCAAGCUGUCACAGACCAGUAGCGUGGAUAAAGAGGAAGAAGCUGUUACAAUAGAGAUGAAUGAGCCGGUCCAGCUGACCUUUGCUCUGAGGUACUUGAACUUCUUUACCAAAGCCACUCCCCUGUCACCUACAGUCACCCUCAGCAUGUCUGCAGAUGUUCCUCUGGUUGUGGAGUACAAGAUCGCUGAUAUGGGACACUUGAAAUACUACCUGGCUCCAAAGAUUGAAGACCAGCAGGAAGGCUCUUAAUCGGAGUGGGACUGAGCGGGAGGUCUGGUCGGCUCUGGAGGGGACAACCGAGUCGGGGGAGGCAGGGCAGUGUUAGCAGUUUCAGUGCGCUGGAGCAUCGAACGAGCACUGUUAGGCAUGUUGUGUAGAUAUCUCUGUAAAUAUUUCUCAACUGACUAUUUUGCUACGCUGGUGUCAUUGGAAAUAGGAAAUCUUGGUUUUUCUACUCUGUCCCUGUACUUUUUUUCCAAUAAUAUCUUAGGUGCUGUCUUAAGGUGAGAUACCCUGCUCCUCUUGCCUUGUGUUCGAGGAGGAGGGCGAUAUUUAACUUGGGUAAAGAUGUUUCCUCAGGUUUCGCCUGCGGAGCUGUAGUUGGCUAGGGUUGCUGUUCAGUUACACCACGAGUCUAUUUGUUACUUCAUUUAUUUUUGAAGCAGCUAUUCUAACUGAAACUUGGAAAAUGGAAAUAAAGAAUAUAAUUCAUGGGGUUUUAUCCUGUUUAAA